CAUAUCUCCCCUUCCUUCCUGUUCUCUCAUUUGUUCCCUACUUCCAUACACGCAGCGGGCGUGGGUCACCAUCAAUCCAACACCAUCAAUCCUCACGACAACACAUAAACUCAUCAUGCGUUUCUUCCUCACAAUCCUGGCGCUGGCAACAGCCUUCUUCGCCCUGUGCACCGCAAAGCCUCUUCCACCCGCCCGAUUAGACGAGAUAGAGCGAAGGUGGUCCCAAGGCGAAUCAGAACAAUCCAUCCACGCCCAACACACAUACCGGGACGCCACUCCCGCCUGGCCUAUCGCACGAGGGCCACUCAACGACGAGUACUCCUGGGACGCACGCACGGCUGCAAAGCGGAACGGGAAGCGACGUGCCGCGAGGGGCUCGGUGUCGCUGGCGGCGAAGAUGAAGACAUAUGUCGAGCACGUUUACCGAGGCGUUGGCUGGGACGGCCGGGCGAGGCAGAUCGGCGAGGCUCCUGUGCUGCAGCCGCGGAGUGGGAUGGUGUAUGAUUACACAGAUUGAUUUUUGGCAUCUGCUGCAUCGGCGGUUCUUGGGCGUUUACUGCAUUGGUUGGAAGGGAGGACUUUUCUGUCGUCUACUGCAUCGGUGGAACCCGAGACGCAAGCCAUCGCUAGUCCACAAGGACCGGAGUAUUUCCAAUUAGAGUCGUAUGGCAUGACCUCCUCCGCAUUGAUUG